AUGCAUUCGAUUAUUUUUGGUCUUUCUCUCGCGAGCGCGGCCGUCGCGCAGAUAGUGGUCGAUGGCGUCUCCAUGGUGCCCUCCAGUGUCGUCUGGGCCACCCCUGCUUCGACUGGAGUCGACGUCGCACUUGCUGUGGCGACCCCGGCGAGCUAUGCGUCCUCUGCGCCUGCCUCGCAGAUCACCACCCCUGCUAGCUAUCCCUCUGCUGAUACGUACUCGAUGAUGCCGUACUCAUCUUUCAUGGCUGGUGGGUACCAGAGCAUGGCUUGCGGAUAUGGAUACACAAAAGCCAGUGACGGCUCCUGCCAAUCGGAAUCUUGGUGGACCACCUCGGGCUGCUAUGAGACUAUCAUCAUAAACCAUUAUGAAGGAUACAGCUCGGGCUAUGGCUACAGCUCUGCAAGCUCUUGCGACUCGUACUAUACCAGCACUGUCACGACCACUGACUACGCAACUUCGACUGUAACCGAGACGCUGACCGCGACCGCGACUGUGCCCACGACCGUCACCGUAUAUGCGACCGCGACCAAGGUAGAAACUGAUACCCAGUCCGUCACCCAGACCGACUAUGUGACGUCGACCCUGCUUGUGCCCACUACGCGUACCUACGUUUCGACCGAUAUUAUCGACAACACAAAGACGGUCGAGCUCACCUACACCGCGACCGAGACAAGCACACAGUUCAGCACGUACACGCGGACCGACUUCUCGACUGCGACGGCAACACAGACGCAGGAAGAGACUCUGACCGACUUCCGGACUGCCACGGUGCUCAGCACCAUCGUGCAGCCGACCACAUACUACUCCACCUUCGUGAGCACGCAGAUCAUCGACAACACCCGGACCCUUGAGGUGACGCAGACCGCGACGAUGACGGACGAUGUCACGCUCGUCCAGACGGCUACGAAGACGGAUACCCUGACUGAUAUGGUGACCGUGACUUCGGUUAGCACGCUCAUUGAACCCACCACGUACACCUCCACCUAUGUCAGCACGCAAGUGGUCGAUGAGACGCAAACAGUAGAGAACACCGUGUUCUCAACGGUGGUGGAAGAUAGGACAUACUUCCAGACGCAGACAUACGUCUCCACUGCUACAGCGACUGCCACCGCUACACAGACAGAUACUGCAACCGAAUUUGAAACCGCUACUCUCACUAAAUUGGUCACCGUGACCCAGCUGAGCACCGUGAUCGAGCCGACCACAUACACAUCUAUGUUUGUCAGCACUGAGAUUAUCGACAAUACACAGACCGUGGAAAGCACCAUCUUCUCGACCUUGACGGAAGACCGGACCUAUGUCCAGACUCAGACUCUGCUAUCGACCGCGACGGCAACGUCCACGGCAUUCGCUACCCAGACUGAUUUCGUUACCGAGAUGGUGACCCUGACCCAGGUCAGCACGUUGGUCGAGCCCACAACGUACCUGUCGACGUUCGUCAGCACCCAGAUCGUGGACGAGACCAGCACAGUGGAGAACACAAUCCUGUCGACUGUAACCGAGGACCGGACGUACUACCAAACGCAGACGCUCACGUCGACCGCGACCGCCACGGCGACGGAGUUUGCGACGGAGACGGCAACCGCGACGGCGACUCAGACCGUGCUCGAGACUGCACUCGCGUCGUGUCUGAACAGGUGCAAGAGCCAGUACACCCUGACGAUGGGGAACAGCGACACAUGGAACACAUAUGCGUCGACCCCCACAUACUACUCCGUGGCCACCACGUCGUCGUCGUCGUCGUGGUACAGUAAGCCGACCACGGUGGCGUACUCGAGUGGGACGUGGGGAGACAGUAAGUCGACCCCCGCGGCGUACUCGAGCGGGACAUGGGGAGACAGCUGGGGCGCCGCGAGCACGCAUGCCGUGUCUGCUGCGGCGGUGAGCGCAUCACCCUCCAGCUGGAACGGCUCUAGCUGGUCCUCUUCCUCGAAAAAGUGGUAA